CCUCGGUUGCUUGCGACUUGUGAGCCUUUGACCACAAAAACACGUCGGAGGAGAGAAGCAAUAGCCGCGAGCAAUGGAGGAGAUCGUUCUUGGAUUGUCCAAGACGGUUGUGGAGGGGACGCUGGUCAAGGUGAAGGCUGCGAUCGAUGAGGAGGCGAAGCUGAAGCUCUCGGUGCAGAGCGACCUGGUGUUCAUCACGGGAGAAUUCGAAAUGAUGCAGGCGUUCCUCAACGGGGCCGACGCGGAGCGCAUCAAGAACAGCGCCGUCAAGACGUGGGUGAGGCAGCUCCGCGACCUGGCCUACGACACGGAGGACUGCAUCGAGCUCGUCGUCCACCUGGAUCCCAAGCCCACCUGGUGGCGCCGCCUGCUCGUCCUGCCCUGCCUGCCGUCGGUGCCGCUGCCCAUAGACGUCGCGGCGGCGGAGAUCAAGGAGCUCAAGGACAGGGUGGAGUACGUGAGCCAGAGGAACACGCGCUACAACCUCAUCACCGACAUCGGCGACGGCAGCACCAGGUCCGCCUUGGAGCAACAGCUCGACCGGGCUGCAGGCAGAACGCUCGAUAUCCCCAUCGAGUCUGCAACGAUGAAAGGUCGUAGUUUGGUGGAUCUCACGGAGCUGAUCCCCAACAAGGAAGACCGUCCUGAGCUCGGGGUGAUCUCGGUGUGGGGAACAGGCGGCGAUCUCGGGGUGGCGUCCAUCAUCAGGAAGGCCUACGACGACCCUGAGAUCCACAAGAACUUCCAAUGUCGUGGCUGGGCCACGUUGACCCGCCCUUUCGAUCCGCGGAAGAUACUGCGGAUCUUGCUCAUUCAGUUCUGUACAAACACUAGUGCUCCUCGAAAACAUGGAGAGGCUCUAGAUGUGGAUUCCUUGUUCAGGAUGGAGAAGAUGGUUGUGGGGGAAGAAGAGCUAGUCAAGGAGUUUUUGAGUCAUGUCAAGACUCACAGGUACCUCGUCGUCCUGGAACACCUGUCCACCAUGGCAGAAUGGGAUGCCCUCCGGAUGUACCUGCCGGACAUGGGCAACGGGAGCCAGAUCAUCGUGUCCACGAAGCAUUUCGACAUCGCCAGCUUGUGCACUGGGCAGCCGCACAAAGUUUCAGAGUUCAGAAAGUUCACAGCUGACCACUCUGUCUGUGUCUUCUUCAAAGAGGUUUCUGAAGGUGGGGGCGAUCCUGCAAAUACAGUGCCCAAGGAAGAUGACAAAACAAAGCUUGUUGGGCGCGACACAGAAAUGAAGGAGCUUAAAGACCAGAUUGACGAGGUUUCCCGUGUGAUCUCCGUAUGGGGGAUCGCUGGUGUUGGAAAAUCGGCACUCGUCAGAAGUGCCUACAACCAAUAUCUGGACAACCUCGCCAUCUUCACGGGUUUAAGCAUGACAUAUCUACACGGAUGGGUGAACGUGCCCCAUCCCUUCAAUCUGAGAGAGUUUUGCCGCACCUUGGUCCUCAACCUGACAUCAAAGCCUCCUAAGAUCCAAGAGGACGCAACCGCCGAACUGGCAAACAUGACCAAUCCAGUUGAUGUCUGCCAUAGGCUUCUGAGUGACGAUGAAGAACAUAAACGGUGCCUUAUAGUUAUCGACGACCUGCAGACAAUUGAAGAAUGGGACACCAUAAAACAAGAAUUGUCAUUUGGUAAAUUUUACUGUGUCAUACUUGUUACAAACGAAUCAAGCGUCGCAAAACAUUGUUCAGGGCAAGACCAAGAUCAGCUUGUGUUCAAUGUGAAAGGUCUUGCUGACGAUGACGCCUUUCAACUAUUCGACAAGGUAUAUAAAGGUCAGCUUAACCACGUCGCACGGGACGAGGACAUGACGAAGCAGAUCUUAAACAAAUGUGGAGGUCUUCCCAAGGUGAUAUCUGCAAUGGGUUGUUUCUUGGCCAAGAACCUGAAUUGGGAAGCCACGAAUAAUAACUUCAUCAACCAGUUGGAGAAUAACCCAGAACUAGUGGCUAGUGUGCAUAGCAUAUUUCGAUGGCUAGACUCCUACUUCCACAAUUGCCCCGACGAACUUAAGCCAUGCAUCUUCUAUCUGUCAAUAUUCCCUCGGCGCCAUUGCAUCCGGCGGAGACGUCUGGUGAGGCGGUGGAUUGCCGAGGGCUACGCCAGGGACACCGAUGACAAUCUUGCAGAAGUGAAUGGGGAAGACUACUUCUCCAGGCUCGUCAACCUCAGCAUGCUCACAGACGAUGAGCGUGGUGUUGACGUGACAGGCAGCAGUAGUGGGAGGAGAAUGGCCAAGUGCAACGUCAACGAUUUCUUCCAUGAGUACAUCCUAUCGCGGCGAAUGGAGGAGAACCAUGUGUUCGCGCUUGAGGGGAGGUGCAGCCAGCCCACAAGGCGCACCGGACGGCACCUGGUCAUCGACAAAAGCUGGAAAGGAGACCAGAACGUGUUCAACAAGAUUGAGUUCUCGCGGCUGAGGUCGCUGACGGUGUUCGGGCCGUGGAAACCGUUCUUCGCCUCCGACAAGAUGAGGGUGCUUCGGGUGCUGGAUCUGGAGGACACGGAAGGUCUGACUGACUAUGAGGUCGAAGGCAUUGUCACACGGCUUCCUCGACUCAAGUUCCUCUCCCUGCGAAGAUGCAAACACAUCUUCCGGCUACCGGAAUCCCUGGGUCGCCUGAGGCAGCUGGAGACCCUGGAUGUCAGGCACACUGACAUAUCCUGCCUGCCGGCAACCGUCGCCGAGCUAAAGAAGCUGCAGUAUGUUCGUGCUGGCAACUCACCGUUGCAAUGUGUCAGCAGCAACACCUCGCGAUAUAGGACCUGGAUAUCCACCUGUUUGGCAUGUUCAUCCAAGCCUGCAAAUGGGAUCGUCGGCGUCGAAGUGGCUUGCGGAAUCGAGGAGCUGAUCAACUUGCAUACCCUUGGUGUCAUCAAAGCCAGCGCCGCAGGACUCAAGGGGCUCAAGAUGCUUACCCAGCUGCGCAAACUAGGGGUGUCUGGCGUCAAUCGGGGGAACCACAAUAAGCUCCGCGACGCUGUCUCGGGGCACGACCAUCUGGAGUCCCUGUCGAUAUGGCUUGACAAGGACACUCAGGGGAUUGACCCUUCUGUGCAGGAUGGUGACUUCGAGACUCCAGAAAAGCUACGGAGGCUCAAGCUCCACGGCCACGGGCAUGUUGACGAGUUGCCGGGAUGGAUUCGCCGGCUCAGACAGUUGGAUUUGGAGGUGUCCACGUUUACUCCGCGUGAUCCAAUUCUUCUGCGUCAAUCAAGCUGCUUGCAGGAUGAUGGUGAUCUUCAGGAAUUCGAAGAAGCCUCAUCUGAGAGUCAAGCCUCUUCUCAAGAAACUAGCUAGAACGGGAGAUUUCCAUGCGACGAAGCACAGAAGCUGAUGGCAUGGUGUCAUGCGAGGGGCUACGUAGCGAGUAGGAACAAGACCUCAGCUCCCUCCACACGAUUACAGGCAGAUUGUGAAAUAUGUGUCUCUAGUUAUGCCUAGUUAGUACUACGUAUUGAUUACAGAAUAAGAGUUUGGAUAUAGAAAGGUUCGUCCCCAAGAAGAUUUUCCUGCUCUCUCCUGAUU